AGACGACGGCAACGACAUACCGGUGACACUGGAACAAAGAAUGAAUCUCAUAUUCCCAGGGACGAAAUGGUGCGGAAGCGGUAACGUGGCGACGAGUCCGGACGACCUCGGGAAAUUUAUGGAAACCGACGCGUGCUGCAGGGAACACGAUAUGUGCUCCGACGUGAUCGAGGCCGGACAGAGCAACCACGGUCUGACUAAUCCCACAUUCUACACCAGGUUGCAUUGCUCGUGCGACGAGAAGUUCAUCGACUGUCUUCGAAGAUCGGAGGACGGCGCCGGUAACACCGUAGGAUAUUUCUAUUUUAACGCUCUAGACACCAAAUGCUUCCGCGAGGAUUAUCCGAUAGUGGGUUGCAACCGCUGGACGACUUUUCCUAGACGAUGUUUGGAGUACGAGCUGGACGAAAGCCAACCGAAGAAGUACCAGUGGUUCGAUGUGCCGCCGUACAAGUGAAGCUGUGACACCAACGUCAAUGAAGAAGAUCGACCGAGCAUUUGCGAUCCGUUAGCUCGUGAAAGAUAUUGUAUUUGAAUGGUGAAUAAAUUCGUGGCCAAAACACUUUUCCAUCAUAAAAUAAGAAAGGUCGAACGCGGUCUUUGCGAGCGAAAUUUGACAACUUGAAAAUGAAAAAAAAAGAAAUGUGAAGAAACAGAGAAAACUGUAGAACGUAGAGAAACAGUAGCUCCAGAGAUGCGAAUAACCGAAACAAUUUGUUUCUUUCCGCAAUGAAACCAUUUUAGGGGUAAAGAUACUCCCUCGUAGGAAUUGUAAGUUUUCAUGAUAUUGUGGAGAUCCGCAAAGCCGUAAAAGAUAUCGGAGAAAAAGAGUUUAAUUUAAAAGUUUAUUUAUAUCAUUAAACAAGUAUUUGCGAGAAGAAACAAAACUUUUGUCGUGUUAUUAUAGAGUAGUAUAUCUACUGCGGUAGAUUACCUACGAACAAUAAUUUGUUAAUAAAUAUAAAUAAUAUUCACAUUUGUUCCGUUUUUAAUUUCCAAGAUAGCAUGAUGAUUUACGUACUUAUAAUAUAGUUAAUAAUUUAAGAAAAUUAAAUAGGCUACAAAUAAUUGAGUAAUAAGUAUCUGAAGCUAAUCGAAGCCAACUGGAGGUGUACCUUAACGAUUGUUUUGUAGAUUAUACCAUGCAACA